AUGGAAAGCCGCUGCUGCGCAGCUAGCGUCACAGAUAUCGAGGAAGGCGCAGUUGAUGAAGGAGAAGAAGCAGGAUUCGAAGAGGACUGGGACGACCGGAGAGAAGCAGACGGCGACGGGGAGCUAGAGGAGCUCGAUGCCGACCUGGCGGAUGGCAACGAGGCUGACGAGAACGAACACGGACGGAGGAGCGAAUGGUUAGAGAGAGAGAACGAGCUCGAGGCUGGCUGA